UGAGAGUGAUUUGUUUGAUUUGACUUCAAUCGAGGAAGAUUACGAUGAGUCUCGGUACAGUCUAGUGAAGGCAAUGGAGAAAAAUCGAGGAAUACAAAAACUUCAGAUAGCUAAACUGGAAUCCUUUUCAAUCGCACCAAUAAAAUGUCACCAACAAAAUAUUGUCCAUUUAAACCAAUCGUUCCACAUCUCGUCGUUUCCAAAGCAAGGAUUCGAUCAAUCUACGCAAACAAGUCUUACAAAGUUAUCUAGCUCCAAGAUGAUCGAAACAAAUAGUUACCAGCUUCUAAAACGCCCCUCGUCAAUGCCAUCUGAAUUAUUUUCGGUGAAGAAUCUAGUAAAACGUGUUCAGAAUGGCGUCAGCAAACAUCAGAACAAUUAUGCGGUUGGAGAUGUGGAAGACUUAAAUAAUUCCUCAAAAUAUAAUGAAUUUAAUCCAUCGGGAUUCCCAAAUUCAGAUCUCGAAUUAGCCGAUUACAUUCCAGCAAUAAACGUUCAUGAUGUAGUUAAUGAACAGAAGUACACUUUAUCUUUGCCACAAAAAAAACUUUCAUUCUGCACAAAAAAACUUCUGAGGCCAUCAACUAAGAUUGUGAAUGUUUGCAGCCAAGGCUUGAAAGACUUCACAAAAAUUUCGAUUAAUAUCAAGUGGGAUGGUGAAUUGGGAGAAAAAUUUAUUCCAAUCAUUAGCCGGAAAAUCAUUGAUUUCAUCAAAUCACCUCGAUCACAAUUGUGUCGUAUUGCAUGCCAAACUGCUGGAGAUUUCUUUCUUGUUACUAAAUGUACCAGACGUCCAGAAUUUGAUGAAAUUGUUGAUAUCCUUUUGACUAAAUGUGCUGAUCCAAAUCGAUUUAUUCGAAAAGAUGCAAAUACUGCUAUCGAUAAGAUGGCAACGAGUAUAAAUGUUCAACAUAGCGUUCGUGCGGUUUGUGCUAAAGGGCCAGAUCAUAAAAAUUCUAUUGUGAGAGCAAAUACUGCCAGAAUACUUCAUUUGAUUUGCAAAAAUGCUGGUGUUGAACAAAUUCUUGGCUCUGAUUCAAAUGUACGCACAAGAAAACGUGUGCUUACCACUUUAGCUAAAUUUCUGUUGGACAAAAAUCAAGAAACUCGACGUCACGCUGAAAAGCUUUGCAAAUUAUUAAAGCGCCAUAAAUUUUUCAUUGAAUAUUUUUUCAAAGAUAUCGACAUUAAUUGUAAAAACUCGUUGCGAAAGAUCAUAACUUCAUUAGACAAUUCUUG